UGCUAGUUGACACUUGAGUUUGACAAUCGACCAACUCAAUUCUGUAGAAUUUCCAGUGUUUUGAAAAGUUUAAUUUUGUAGAUUUUACUCUUUUGUACAUAUUUUAGGUGUAGGCCUAGAGUUUAAAACUUUUUAACUAUAAUUUAUUAAAUAAACCCUAUGUACAUAAUGUCGCUCUACAAAGACUUGAAUUAGAAAAUUAUUUUGCACAUUAAGGUUAUGUAAUAAAAGUUUAUUACUCAAUUUUUUAAAUUAAACUUUGAAAUAAUCGUAUGUGUACUGCAUAGUCAUGAUGGCACAAAAUAGCCAAGAAAAAAAUACUUUAGACCACAAGGAAGAUAAAGAAGCUGAAGCUGACUCUGAAACUAACAUUGAGGAGGUUCUUGAGGAUAGUUGGUUGAUACGGGAUUGUGAAGUAUACAGUGAUGAAUAUGAUGAAUGCACAAGCUUUAAAGGAAGGUUUCACCAAUAUUUUAUAUAUGGUGAGACCCUGGACUGCAAUCAGUGGAAAAGAGAUUGUGACAACUGCUACAAAUGGGUGGAUAGUAAAGAUGUCAAAGCUGGAGAAGCAGUCAUAAUUAGUGAAAAGAAUCGAAGAAUGGAUAGAUUAAGAGCUCACUAUAGGAAUGAUAUUUGGAAAAAGCGUGAUUUACCGCCAGAUGACUGGUCAGCCCCAUUACCUGAGUGGAUGGUCAAAAGGGAUGAGAAUACAUAUUUAGCACAAAAAGCUAAAGAAAUUAGAGAAGGAACUGAAACUGUUGAAAAAGAAAGCACAUGUUCAAUAAUGUAGUCAAAAAGUGUAGUAGAUGCGUUCUAUUUCUUUUCUGCAGAUUGAUAAGAUUUUUACCUCUAUCAAAAAAGACAUUUUAAGUUUUGCCAAAAAGAUUGGCAAUAUAACAGUGUUAACAAGUUACCUCUUUAGUGUGUUAGAACAUUAGGUAAAUGUAAGUUGUUUUGUUAUAUAUUAGAUUAAAUAGCCAAUUACAGUGAUUUAUUAAGA